AUGCUGUUCACCCUGUACAUCUGUCUCCUCUGGCUGUCUACCAGUGGGCUCUGGACCAUCCAGGCUAAGGACCCUGACACUGACAUGAGCAUGAGGAACCCUCACCGGCACUUGGCUCCAAACAAUGUUGACUUUGCCUUUAGCCUGUAUAAGCACUUAGUGGCCUCAGCUCCGGGCAAGAAUGUCUUCAUCUCCCCUGUGAGCAUCUCCACAGCCUUGGCUAUGCUGUCCCUGGGCGCCAGAGGCUACACACGGGAGCAGCUUCUCCAAGGCCUGGGCUUCAACCUCACUGAGAUGUCCGAAGCCGAGAUCCACCAGGGCUUCCGGCAUCUCCACCACCUCCUCAGGGAGUCAAACACCACCUUGGAAAUGACCAUGGGCAAUGCCAUGUUCCUUGACCACAGCCUGGAACUUCUGGAGUCAUUCUCAGCAGACACCAAGCACUACUAUGAGUUGGAGGCCUUGACUGCAGAUUUCCAGGACUGGGCAGGAGCCAGUAGACAAAUCAACGAGUAUAUCAAAAAUAAGACGCAAGGGAAAAUUGUGGACUUGUUCUCGGAGCAAGAUAGCUCAGCCAUGCUCAUCCUGGUCAACUACAUCUUCUUUAAAGGCACGUGGGCACACUCCUUCCACCUGGAAAGCACCAGGGAAGAUAACUUCUACGUGAAUGACACGACCACGGUGAAGGUGCCCAUGAUGUUCCAGUCGAGCACCGUCAAGUACCUGAACGACUCGGUGCUCCCCUGCCAGCUGGUACAGCUGGACUACACAGGCAACGAGACCGUCUUCUUUGUCCUCCCGGUCAAGGGGAAGAUGGACACGGUCAUUGCCAUGCUGAGCCGGGACACCAUUCAGAGGUGGUCCAAGUCCCUGACCAACAGCCUGGUGGACCUGUACAUCCCGAAGGUCUCCAUUUCCGGAGGCUACGACCUCGGGGGCAUCAUGGGGGACAUGGGCAUUGCAGACUUGCUCAACAACCGGGCACAUUUCUCAGGCAUCACCCAAGAGGCCCUGCCGAAGCUGUCAAAGGUGGUCCAUAAGGCCACGCUGCAACUGGAUGAGAGGGGCGUGGAGGCAGCCGCCCGCACCCAGGUCCACUGGAACUCGGCGCCCGAGCCUCUCACAAUCCGCUUCGACCGGCCCUUUGUUGUCAUGAUCUUCGAUGACUUCACGUGGAGCAGCCUCUUCCUGGGCAAGGUUGUGAAUCCGACCUAA